CCGGUCCAGAGCAUCGUCUCGGUGCCCACGCUAACGUUUGGCGCCGUCACGGGCAUUUGCGCUGGCGUCUUCGUCAAGAAGGGCUUCAAGCUAGUCGCGUUCUUCCUCGGCGGUGUCUUCGUGCUCCUCCAGUACCUCCAGUCCAAGAGCUAUGUGACAGUCGACUGGGGCAAGGUGUCCAAGAGUUACGACGGCGCUUUCGCCAGCACCAACGCCAAGGGCGAGGUUGUGUACCCCACCCCGCAGGGGCUCCUUAAUGGCUUCAUUGACUUCCUCACAGCCAACUUCCAGCAGCGCGCCACUUUCAUCGCUGGCUUCAUCCUUGGUCUGCGUGUAGGGUAG